CGACUUUCUCUGUCAAGUCGCUAGCGUGGAGUUGAAAUCAGGGCUGAGAGGAGGUCGCGGUGGUAGUUUGCCAAAAAGUUGACAAAAACUCGCUUUUGAACCCGAUUUGUUUCUGCCGUUUACAUGGUGACUAACUACAUGUUCUGAGGUAACUACUUGUUGGUGUGAAACAGCCGAGAGCGAGGCGAAAAAUAACAUUUAGCUCGGUUGGCUCUGGCUUGCUGACUUCUGCAUGGUAGCUAGCUAGCUUAGCUAACGUUAGCUGCAGGAGCUACUUGGCUAGCUGGCUAGCGAGGAGGUCCAGCCCCAAAAAGUUGUUUACCUCAAGUUGUGGUUGUUGUCACCUCGGCACUUUUUAAGUAUUUUAUUUUUCUGUGAUUAAGAGAGCAAGGACCAAGCUUCACACUGGAUUUAACGUCGUGUGUGGUUAGGAAACGAGCAGGAUGUCCACCGAAGUUGAGUGCAAGGUUGACUCAGGUUUGACAGCGACCAGCUCCGCCGGGGGAGAGGAGAACCAAAACAAGUGUGAGCCAACUCCGCUGCAGAAACCAGGCAGAGAACAGGAGGAGCAGGGUCAGAAAAGGACGGAAAAGCAACACUCAGAUGGCCAGGGCACCGAGGUCGCCAAGAGCCCGAUGGACCUGCACAAGAAAUGCAAAGAAAACGACAAGGAAAACGACCAAAACGCCCAGAGCAGCAACGUCGACCCGACCGAAACAGUGAAGCGAAAAGUUGUGGAGGCGCCGCCGCCGAAAGUGAACCCGUGGACGAAGAGAACCACGGGCAGAGUGUCCAACAACACCAUAAACUCCAGCUCCCAAGAAAAGGAUCAGCAAAACCCUCUGAAAGUCGUCCGUGCCAGCAAGCCCAGGACGAGAAAAUCCAGCAAGUCGAGUGAUUUCAGUGACAUCACAAACUGGCCCACACCUGGGGAACUGGCCAAAGAGCAACAGCAGAAUGUCCUCAACACUGAAGGGAAGAAACCUCCCUCCUCGCGCCGGGACAAGGAGAGGAAGAGGGAUCGAGUGGAGAAAAAAUCGGAGAGCAACCACGACGGCGGCGAGAGCAAAGAGAACCAGGAAGCUCAGCAGGACCCGCUGGCCGAGCUGCCCAAGGACGGAGAGGCUGAGGUGGGACCCGAGUCCAAAAACACAGGCCUGAAGAAGAGAGGAGGUAACAAACGUAAGUGGGUUUCACUGCCGCUGGAGGAAGUGUCCCGGGACGGCGGUGGCGCCGACACACCAGGCGGGGGCCGAACGCACUCGGACACAGAGCCCAACCACGACUCGCCCGACCCCACCUCGCCCAAUCACACGCUCCAUAUUAACAGGGCGCAUGAUAGCAGCAGGAGUUGGAGAAGAGAGCCGAGGGAUCAUGGCGAUGAUACCGCCAGUGUCCGAAGUGACAGCGGGAGCGUUCGAGGGGGACUGCGGGGCCGAGGGAAAGGUCGCGGGCGCGGCAGAGGUCGCGGACGAGGGCGCUAUGAUUACUCUCAGAGCUACCGGGACUCGCAGUCCUCCGACGGCUCCGGUGUUCAGGUCCCCGCUGAGUUCGGCACCAACAUGGUUUAUUACUAUGAUGACGGCAACAAGGUCCAGAUGUACACCGUGGAUGAGAAGCUCCUGAAAGAAUACAUCAAACGCCAAAUUGAGUACUACUUCAGCCUCCACAACCUGGAGCGAGACUUCUUCCUGAGGAGGAAGAUGGACGCUCAGGGCUUCCUGCCGGUUUCCCUCAUCGCCAGCUUCCACCGGGUCCAGGCCCUCACCACCGACAUCAAGCUCAUCAUGGAGGCUCUGAAGAGCAGCACGGAGGUGGAGCUGGUGGAGGAGAAGGUUCGCUGUAAAGUCGAUCCCGAGCGCUGGCCGAUCCCUGCUCCUCCCCCCGUGGGUUCCCCUCGGACCGACUUCUCCCAGCUCAUCCACUGUCCCGAGUUCGUCCCCGGACAAGCCUUCACCUCCAUGAACACCAGAGUUUCUGUAAAACAAACUUCUCCUGAGUCUGCCGAGCCGAAGGACUCGUCUGAGUCCAGCUCCUCCACUCAGGAGUCAGAUCCAUCGACAGACGCUGCCAAAGACCCCUCCGCCCCCCAGCCUGACCCCGACGCCUGGAUCCAGGUGGAGAAACGCCAUCGCCAGCCCUCCGGCAAGGCCAAGGAGCGCAGCGAGGUGCCGCUGCCCGGCUCCCAGGUCUCGCUGCCGGCCGAGCCCGACCAGGAGGAGCUGGACUUCCUGUUCGAUGAGGAAAUGGAGCAGAUGGCGCCCAAGAAGAACAAAUUCACCGACUGGUCCGACGACGACGACUCGGACUACGAGCUGGACGACCGAGACGUCAACAAGAUCCUCAUCGUCACCCAGACCCCUCCCCACCUCCGCAAGCACCCCGGCGGUGACAGGACGGGCAACCACGAGUCCCGGGCCAAGAUCACCGCCGACCUGGCCAAAGCCAUCAACGAUGGGCUGUACUACUACGAGCAGGACCUGUGGAUGGGCGAGGAGCAGAACGAGUGCAGCAAGCAGGAAGUGGAGAACUUUAAGAAGCUGAAUGUGAUCAGUCAAGAUGAGUUCGACACCCUCACCCCCAAAGUGCCUGUUGACCCAAACCAGGAGGUCCCGCCUCCUCCCAUGCCAGUGGACAGUGGAGUGUCAGACGUGGCCCACUCCCUGCCCAAAACUGUCCCAGAAUCCCCCAGUGCACGCCAGCCCAGGACCCCCAGGACCCCACGCACCCCUGGACGCCAGGACCCCAACAAGACGCCCCGUUUCUACCCCGUCAUGAAGGAGAGCGGCACCAUCGACGGCCAGACGCCCAGGAAGAAGAAGACCCGCCACAGUUCAAAUCCUCCCCAGGAGGCGCACAUCGGCUGGGUGAUGGACUCCCGGGAGCACCGGCCUCGCUCUGCAUCCAUCAGCAGCUCCAACGCCUCUCCAUCAGAGGGAGCCCCCCUGUCAGGAAGCUACGGCUGCACCCCCCAGUCGCUGCCCAAGUUCUGGCACCCAUCCCAUGAGCUGCUGAGGGAUAACGGCUUCACUCAGCAGGGAUACCACAAGUACCGCCGACGGUGCCUGAACGAGAGGAAACGGUUGGGGGUUGGCCAGUCUCAGGAGAUGAACACCAUGUUCAGGUUCUGGUCCUUCUUCCUGAGGGACAACUUCAACAGGAAGAUGUACGAAGAGUUCAAACAGUUUGCUGUGGAAGACGCCAAAGAAAACUACAGGUACGGGCUGGAAUGUCUCUUCAGAUACUACAGCUACGGUUUGGAGAAGAGAUUCAGGUUAGAUCUGUUCAAGGACUUUCAGGAAGAGACCCUCAAGGACUAUGAGAAAGGUCAGCUGUACGGCCUGGAGAAGUUCUGGGCCUUCCUGAAAUACUCCAAGAUGAAGAACCCGCCCAUCGACCCCAAGCUGCAGGAACACCUCGCCAAAUUCAAGAACCUGGAAGACUUCAGGGUGGUGCCCCCGAUGGGAGAGGAGGCCGGCAGGAGGAGACACCACUCGUCCUCGGCCGGGGAUGAAGGGAGGCGUCGACGACACCCCUCCAACCCUACCUCAAAGCCCACGCAGGCCUCCAAAUCCUCCAGCCCAGCGAGUCAGCCCGCUGCUGCUGCUGCUGCUGCCGCUCCGGUACAGAACACGCCCAAAGACAUCGCCCAGAAAGCACCUGCGCCUGCCCAGGCCAAGAAAACUGAGCCUGCAGCCAGGAACGCCAAAAAGGAAAGUGCUGCACCAAAUAAAUGAAGCUCUCUUCUCUCCGUCUGGCUGCCCGUGGAGAGAAGAGACGCAGAGCGAGAGAGAAAGAGAGGGAGAGAGAAGAGAGAGAGAGGGAGAGAGAGCGGCGAGCUCCGAUCACUCCCGUCGGUGACAAACUGUUUAGGUAUGAAGAGACUGCGUAGGGUGGUUGACCUCUUAAUUUGAUUCUUUUAUCAGUGCAUUUCAUUUUAAAGCAAGCGUAGGCAGAGAGCUUGAAUGAAGUUAUCCUCGCGCUCGACAGCUCUUAACGUUUACAAAAAGAAUGCAUUCCCUGCAUUUUCGCGUUUAUUUUUUUCUCAGAUGCCAAACACCAUCGCUUGAUUUCAGCAGGCGGCGCUCGUCGAUCUGCACAGUCUGUAAACACGACUCUCGGCCCGCUGAGUCGAGUUUGCCAAGAUAAAAUAUAUCCUGCAGAGGGUUUUUGUGCCUUAAUCUGAUUCACAGGAACGACAGAGUACGUCAGGGGAAAAUAUCGUUCACACUUUGCAUUUGAAAGUUUCCCGCGUAGGAAUUAAUUUUGGAUUUUAACAGAGUGCAAAACCACAAACAGCUUUACUUUGUUAACACGUGAACGCCUUUUCCAGCGGUGCUUUCAUCAUGACAAUCAAGAGACGGACUGAUGCUGAGGCUGCUCCUCGGUAACACAUGUGCCCAGAUGUUUUUAUUGUGACUUACUCUCUUAAACUCACCAAGAGUAUCGCUGGUUUUUAAUUAAAAUUUUCAACAACAACAAAAAAAAAGGAAAUAUAAUUUGCAAGUGUCAUAUUCUGGGAAGCUUUACUUAGGCCACAUUUUACACCCAGAGGUAGUAUAAUUUAUUGUUUUAUUUUGUUUUAUUUUUGUUUUUUGUUUUUUUUUUUCAUUUACUUGAUUGAUGGAAUAGUCUUAGGUAAUCAUUGCAGUUGUUUUAAUGGCUUUUGCAGUUGAAUAUUAUAAACAAAAAGGAAAUGUUUCAGCUGGAAUUGUGGGUGUGAGCUAGCAAUACAAAAGUAUAUUUUAGCUUGAAGUUUAUUUCAUAUCACUAUGUUUGAGGCUUGGUGCUGUAGAGCACUUUAAUUUGUUAAUUGACUUUUCUUCAUCAAUGGACUUAAAGAGGUUUUAGUGUUGGAUUUAAAGAGAAAAAAAUGUACAUACUAUAAAAAUAAUUUGCUAUUCUUUUUUUUUUUCUUUUUGAUUUUGAGAACUGAUUUGUUUUAUUGGUAGUGUGGUUCGAGUGUGUUUUAGAAUAAAGCAAUGCAUGUUAA